UUAGCUACAACUGUCGGGCUGUAGAUACCAACCGUUUCCCGAUGAUUGUUCUCCAUGAGUGAGCCAUCGAAUAAGAAAAGAAGGAACCAACGAGCUCUCGGGCUCAUUCUUGCCAGAGGAGGCUCGAAAGGAAUCGAACUGAAGGAUAUUCGUCCUCUAGGCGGACGUCCAUUACUCUACUGGACUAUGCAUGCCUUACAGGACUCGGAAAUUGUGGAUGAACUUUGGGUGUCUACUGAUCAUGAUGAUAUUGAACGUGUGGCUCGAAAGGGAGGAGCUAAAGUACAUCGACGUGGACCUGAAGUGUCUAAAGAUACGAGCACAUCCGUUGAGAUAAUCAAGGAAUUUCUUAUGGCUCAAAAGCCAGAGUGUGAUAUACUUGUUCUUCCUCAAGCUACUUGCCCUUGCAUCAAACCAGAGCAUUUCCUGGAAAUGAUGGAUAAGUAUGAAAACGGUUCCUAUGACUCAUUGUUUACCGUCGUUCGUCUGCAUCUGUUUCGCUGGCAAGAAGUGUGUAUCGGUGAGAGCUCAAAACCGAUCAAUCUGGAUCCAUACAAUCGUCCUCGCCGCCAGGACUGGAAUGGUGAGCUGUACGAAAACGGAGCCAUUUAUAUUACUCAAAAAGAUCUACUAGUCAAAGACGGUGUACUGCAAGGAGGCAAAGUCGGAUGCUAUGAAAUGCAGCCACAUCUGUUUGUUGACAUCGAGUCCCUUGAUGACUGGCCGAUUGCAGAAAGUCGCGUUCGUAAGUACGGCUAUAAGCCUCAAAAAGGAAAAGACAAAACACUCAAAAUCAAACUGUUAGUGAUUGACGCCGAUGGAACACUUUCUGAUGACCACGUUUAUAUUGCCGAUGAUGGGCAAGAGAGUCAUUCUUAUAGCAGCAUUGACUCGGCUGCUAUUUGGGAAAUGAAGAAGUUAGGUGUCGAUGUUCGUAUUAUAGCGAGCAGUAAAGCAAAUUCACACGUGCAUCGAGCGGAGCAGAUGGGCUGCAUUAUUAGUACAGGAUGUACACAAAAACUGGCGCAACUAGACAAAUGGAGACAGGAAUUAGGUUUUGAUUGGACACAGGUGGCGUAUUUUGGUGCCGAUUUGUCUGAUUUGGAUUGUAUAAAGAGUGCCGGUGUUGGUGGGACGCCAGCCAAUUCUGACCCUGAAGUGUAUCAGUAUGCAGACUAUAAUACAUUGUCGACUGGUGGCAAUGGCGCGAUUGGUGAUUUCUGCAAGUAUUUGAUCAAGACCUGCUGCAUUUCUGAAAAAUCAGUUGAUGAGAAAUAAAUUGCAACUUGGACUUUUAUGUCGAACAUGUCGCCUAGAGUUACUAUUCAGUGGAUAGAAUUGAUAUUAAAUCUGCUGCCUCGUUUUUGAUUCUUUUUACGUCGAAAAUCAAAACCAUUUAAUGUACGUUUGUAUUGAAUAGACGAUUUGAAAGCUACACAAACACGUGACCUACUGUUGUUUGAAAUCACGUAAUGGUAU